AUGCUCUCUGUAUGCUCCAUUACUAGUUGUAAUACUCUCUUUAUAAUUACCUAUCUCACUGUCACCAUGCCCGACUUUUAUCCCGCUCUCCGCAAUCGCCGCAGCAACGAGCUCGCCCGUCUGGCGGAGGAGCAUCUGCAGCAUGACCUGCGCGCUGAAGACCGCGACGCUCUCACCACAGCCACACAAAAGGUCGCCUGGUGGACGACAAUUGGCUCAGCCGUAGGACUCGGUCUGGGUCUCUACGCUGCCUUCCGUCUGAGAAGUUCACGCAAGGCUUUCUUCGAGGUCUUCCGCGCCCGCGAAAAGCCCACCCACGUUGUCUUUGCCGGCGGUCGCUCUGAGCCGAUUCCAGAUAUCACUCCACUGCUGAAACCCACCACCCUGGGUGAUUUCGCUACUUAUUUCUUUGCGAGCGCGGGAGGAUUCUUCCUAGGCGGCGAACUCGGCUUCUUGGGAGGAGCAGGAAGUGGAAGUCGCUGCAUCACGGCGGAUCCCGAUCGAAGACAGAGAAUCGAGACGGCAUUUCGAAAGUUCCGGGCGGAGGUCUUGCGCAAAGAGGCGGAUGAACUUGAUCGAGGGCUGGAUGUGUCCGAUCAGAUGUUCUGA